GGGGCUUCGUCGGAAGAUGGCGGCCGCGAUCGGGCUGCGGGUGGUCGGACGGCGGCUGGGGCUCGGGCUGGGCCGCACGCCUCGGCGGGCGCUGUGGGGCGGCCACAGCAAAAAGGAGGAGAAGGAAGUAGAAGAAAACAGUAUAAUUCCUCAAGAGAAAAAGGAGCCCAGCCUGAUUUGUCCCCCGCCGCGCAGCAGGAAAUAUGUUCCUCCAGAGAACAUACAGAGCAUCCUCGAGGCUCGUGUCAAGGAGAUUUGUGGGCCAUCGCUUGCUGGCAACUGGCUGCAGACGUCUCUGAAAGAUAACAGGCUGAAGUAUCAGCUCCUGGCCCAGCUAGCAGCAGAACUUGGUCACGCUGUGCCAAACUCACAGCUCCAUCUGAUGUGCAGUGCUCAGGAUGUCCUGACUUUCUAUAGUACUCCUGUGAAGGAUAUGUUAAAGUUUGAUGAGCUGUGUGCCGCAGAGCUGCCCCCAAACCUGAAGAUUGCCUGGGAGCGGUGAGACCAGCCAGGAAGUAUCAGUGCACUUCGGUUGGGUUCUUAAGGCCGAACUGUGGAGCUGAAGCAGAACCCUUUCAUUGUAGUGUCAACCAAAUACGAAUAUCACCAAUAAAAAUGCAUCCAUUUGUCUUCAGA